UAAAUUGAUUAAGAUUAAAUAGUAAAUAAAUAUUAUAUAUAUAAAAAAUUGUAAUGGGUGGUUGUGGAUCACGAGAAAAAGAGUUAAGAGAGAAGGUAGGAUUCUCUUAAAGCGAUUAUGAUUUUGCACUAAAAAAAUUUAAUAAGAUGACAAAACAAAAACCAGGGUAUUUAUAAUUUUUAUAAUAGGAAAACAGACGAAUAUUUUAGUUUUGAAGGGUUUAAAUAAUAUUUUACAGAGAAUCCAGUAUUAGCUUAAAAGCUUUACAUAUUUAUGAGAAAUUAUGGAGGUUAAAAUUAUGUAGAUUGUCAUACAUUUCUAACAGUUGGUAUUCUGAAAAAUAAAUAUAUUUAGUUGACUUAUUUAGUAGAGUUUCUAUGAAAUUACAAAAUUAACUAAAGAAUUUAGAUAUAUAUACAUUAUUCACUUUAAUAUCUUUAUCGAGUCCAGAGAUAAUGUAAAGAGAUUCAUUUAAUUUAAAUAAUGUUUACAAGAUAAGUGUUAGUUAUUCAAAUGCUGUAAAAUUAUUUAAAGUAAAUAAAGUUAUGAAUUUUAGGAACUUAUUAACAUGUAGAGUGAUAAAGGAGAUAUUUUAUGUCAUGAUGAUGAUCAAGCACCAAUUUUAAUUAUAAACAACAUUUUUGAAAGUAUAAUUAAUUUAAUAGUAAUUUUAAUUAGAUCAUUCAUUGUUAAAUUAUAAAGCAUUUAAUGAUAAAAUUAAAUCAGAAACUCCUUUUAUUUCUAAAAUAGUUAAAAAUUAUAUUGCAGGUAAAUUUGUUAAUAAGACUUUGAGAAAUUAAUUACCUAUUUUAAAACCAAGUGAAAUUAUGAAUAAAUAAAUAAUAGGUAUCGUAUAUAAAAUAGAUUAAGCAUUACUUAAUUUAAGCGUACCAUGGUUUUCUAAAUCUAUAGCUAUUAAUAGAGUUUACAAUUAUGAUGUAGACUCUGGAUAAUAAUACAAUUUUAAUAUCAUAGGGAAUUAUUUACUUUAAACAAAAGGACCAAAUAUGAUUUUAUUUAGACAUUCUUAAAAAGAUAGAGAUGGAGAAAAAUAAGAUAAGUAUGUAUUUGGAUAUUUUUCACCGUCUUAAUGGAGAGUUUCACCAGAUAUAUCAGGAAACAAAGGAUCUUUUAUAUUUUCAAUCCAUCCAAAAUUCAAGAUAUUUUCAACUGUUGGUUAAUAAUAAAGUAAAUUUGCUUUGUUAGUACCUAUAAUUACAAAAAAAUAAAGUUAAACACUAAAUUCAACUCUAAAACAAGGUCCAAAAUAACCUGGUUUAGGAAUUGGAGGCAGUGGUUAUGAUCAUCAUAGAAUUUGGAUAGAUGGAAAAUAAUUAUAAGCAAGUAGACUCGUAGAUGAGGAUAAAACAUAUUAAAGUGGUUCUAUACUACCUGAUGAUAUUCAUUUACUAAAUGUAAGUAUAUAAAACACAUAUUAAUACUAUUUUAGAUUGACUUAAUUGAAAUAUGGGAUCUUUAAUUAAGUACUGUAGCUUAAGGUACUUCUUAUUUUAAAUCUACAUCUCAUUAAUAAAAUUUUGGUGAAGAUGAAAAAAGAAUUAACUAAAAUCAAUUAAGAGAUCUGAUAAUUACUUUAAAUUAAUAACAAGGAAGAAAUAAUUAUGUAUCAUUUAAAUUUAUCGCUUUUAGAGAAGAGAUACAACAGAAUUUUAAAUUAGUAAUCCCUUACUCCCAAUUAAUGAAGAGGAGGAGGAAAAAUUAUAAGCAAAAUGACA